UACAAUCACACAAAUCCCCAUUUCUUCUCAUUAAUUAGCAAAAUUAACUCCAUCAUGACGUCACCAUCAAAAUCCCAACCGCAGCUUUUUCACAGCCGCACGAAUCGCGACGCCGACUUGCAAUUCGCGCCGAUUCCUGCCAUGGAAACCGACCACUCCGGCGCCAUCUCGCCGCCUCUGUGGGGGAACACGAGCCCUAGCCCGUCGCGCCCCCUUCUCUCGCCGGAUUCGCGAGCUCAGGCGAUCGCCAGAGGGCGGACGGAGCUCAUGGAGAUGGUGAGGCACAUGCCGGAGUCGUCGUACGAGCUCUCGCUCAAGGAUAUAGUCGAGCACCAUCACAGAGCGGAGAAUCAAAUCGAAGGCGGUGCGGAUCGAGGAGGAGGAGGAGGAUUGAAGAAGGAAGAGAGCAGAAAAAUUGAGAGGCGAUUGAGCUUCGAGGAUAAGGGGUUCUUUUUGAAUAUGGCGUUUCCGUUUGCGUUUAUGUCUAAGAGAAGGAAGAAAACGGUUGUUGUUGGUGGUGGUGGUAGUGGGAGAGUUUCGCCGAAGCCGGAGGGGUGGAAGGGCGGCGGUGAGAGGGACUGGUGGAAGAAGAAAUUUACGGGAUCCAGCGAUAGUGAUAGCAGCAGAACUAGUAAUACCAGCAGCACCGCCACCACCACCACCACCACCAGCAGUGAUUCCGGUGGGAGGAGAAGAAAUGGAUUUACAACUGGUUGCUGGCAAUUUUUGCAAGUGAGAAGAACCAAAAGUGCCUAAUAAAGACAAAAUGUUCCUGAUUCUAUUUCUGCUAACGCUCCAUACUAAUAAAAUAUUGGGGAAAUCUUAGUGUAUAUUCUUCUAUGAUUUUGCUGUUAUUACCAUUACUACUCUACUAUAACUAUUCAACUUUUAAUUGAUUUUCCUUUGUACGUCUC